AUGUUCUCACCCCUGAUGACUGUGGUGAGUUCAGGGUUGGGCAGGAGUAGCUUGGAAGGGCCAGCCGUGGGAUGUCAAAAUAGCAAAGAAGAGUCAAAAUGGAGCAAAAAGAGUCAAAUCACCAAGUUCCCAAGUCUAGAGCACCAAAAUCUACAUUUCUCGCUAAAGACCAAACCGGAGCAUCCGAAGUACGACCGCAUAUUCAUGCCUUCCCGACGUCCAAAAGUCAUGAUUCUUAUAUGGAAAGAUAGAUAUUUGAGUCAUGACCCGCGGCGAAGUGGAAAGAGGUCAUUUGGAUCACUCGUUGGACCGGAACUUAUUUUCUACCAAGACAUGUCCGACGAGCGCCUAAGUAGAGCCCAUGGAGACUUUGAUGGAUCAAGAGGCCCGAGAUACCGCGCCCAAGGCCUUGGCUCGUCUUGA